AUGGAUCUAACUAUUGAGGCAAAGAAUAGCGAUCUAUCUAAUAAUAUAUCAAGAACAUCAAGCUUCAAUAGAUUUAAGAUGGAAAACAAUUUAGAAUGUAGUUCCUCUAAGCACUAUAACGGAGCUAAUCAAAGAUAAAAUAUGUUUUGUUUAAAUGAAGAGUUAAGGAUGAUAAGCAAUUUAAAAGGCAAAGAUGAAAAUGAUAUUAUUUAAGACCCUUCAAUUUUAUCAAACUCAAGAAAUGUAAAUGAAAUAGAUACUUCUCAAAUGUAUGUUGAUGGUGUUAAAGAUAAAAGCUAGAUUAACGUGUUAUAUGAAUAAAAUAAAGAUUAUAGCUUCAGAAAUUAACUGUAAAACAAAUAUACUUCUUUGCAAAUACAUACAAUAAAAAAGAAUGAAUUAAUAAAACAAACUUAGACUGUAUAAGAUAUUGCAAGUUAAGAAAUUAUUGGGGAAAACAUGUAAAAUACAUAUGAUUUGCAAGAAAAGGAGUCCAGGAGACUAGAAAAUACAGAAUAAAGCCCAAUAUAAAAAUAAACCCUUAUUAAUAACUCUAAAUUUUAACAUAUAACUCUUUUUACAGAAAAAUAGAAGGCUAGAGAAUCGUUAAAAGAACUCCCUAAAAGUGUGAGGUCAUCCUCAAGGAUAACACCUCCAGGAUUAAAUUUCUUUACAAGAAUGAAGGUAUCUCAGUUUACAAGAAAAUUUAUGAACAAAAUAAAAUCUCUUUCAAGUAAAUAUAAUUUAAGACAGUUAACAAAGAAACAUUACGAUAUAAUUAAUGAUAAGUCUGCAUUUUUUGUUGAAAAGAAAGCAGAAGAGAAUAUUGGCUAAAGAUAAAAGAUAAUUUAGCUUUUUGUUGCUUUUAUGUUAAAUAUCAAAGAAAAAUUAGACUCUGUACAACCUCUGAAUCCUGAAUCUCGUUUUUGUGUUAUCUGUGAUUUAAUUUAUGGCAUUACAUUGUUGGCAUAUCUUUUUAUAGUACCUAUUCAGCUUAGCUUUAAUAUUUCUUUUGACUUAUUCGAAUUAGUAGUUUUUAUAAUUUUAGUGGUCAAUUUUUUCCUUACUCUAAAUAAAAGCUAUUAUUUUAAAGGAAGGAUGAUUACUAGUCGUAAACUAAUCUUACUUAAUUUUGUUAAAUAUUAUUUGAUUUUUGAUUUAAUUGUUUUUUUCUCAAUACGAUUACAAAUGUUUCAAUAUGUUGCUUUCUUAAAGUUUUUUGAAAUAAACAAUAUCAUUAAGAGAGCUGAUAAUCACUUUUAAAUUAUACGUAAAUUUCCUAUAACUUUUACUUUGGUAAAUUUAUUAUUCAAAAUGUGUCUGAUAGCUUAAAUUGCUGGUUGUACUUUUCAUUACGUAGCGAGACUAGAAAUAGAAGAAAACCUUACAAGUAACAGUUGGCUUUCAGCUUAGCAUAUGACAGAUGCACCAUGGGGAAGUAGAUAUAUAAUAUGUAUUUAUUUUGCUUUUAUCACUAUGAUGACAGUUGGUUAUGGAGACGUCGUUCCAGUAACUAACUAUGAAAGAAUUUAUGUUAUUUUUAUGACUUUAUUAUCUUCUGCUAUUUUUGGUUACGUAGUAAAUACUAUUGGCUAGCUUUAUAAUUAGCAAGCACAAAAAUAAGAGUAAUUUUCAAAGAGAAAACAAGAAAUUAAUUUAUUUAUGGAUGACCGCAAAAUUGACUCAAAUACCAAAAUAAAGGUCUUAAAUUAUUUGGAAUAUGCAUUUCAAUACCAGAAAAAAAAGGAUUAAAAUCCUCAAAUUUUGUUUUAAGAUUUGCCUUAAACAUUGGUUGAAGAAAUAUGUAUUAAAUACUAUGGUAGAUACCUUUUUUAAAAUAAAAUUAUGAAACUUAACUUUAGCGAGAAUGUGCUUAAAGCUUUAUCAAAUUGUAUGAAAGAAAAGAACCUUGCUCCUAAUGAAUAUCUCUUCCAUAAAGGAAAUAGCGAAUAAUUAGUUUAUUUUUUAGUGAGUGGAAAGAUUGAUAUUGUGUUUGAAGGAAAAGAAGCUUAAAUUGCUGCUUGUAUCGAUUAGAUUUCAAAAGAAGGCGAUGAAAUAGGUCUUAGGAGUGCUUUUAUUGGUUCUGAGAGAUCAAACAGUGCAAAGUGCUAGAAAAACUAAAAUUGCACUGUGGUCUUCUUUGAAAUGGAUGAUUUUAAAAAAAUACUGUAAAAUUACCCUAAAGAUUAUGAACGAUAUUGCGAGAUUAAAGAUGAUAUUAUUUUUAACAGUAACACGUUAGAUACAAAGUGUGCUUCGUGCUAAAAAUACGAUCACAUUACAUACAGUUGUCCUCUUAUUUCGCUUAACAUAUAAAAAGGUAUCUUUUUACAUAAAUAUAAUAGUGGAGGAGAGCCUUAAAUAAGAAAGCAACAUUCAACGCAAAGAAGAGGAAAAUAAAUUAACUGUCUAAUUUAAAAUGAGCUGAUAAGAUAAAAAUUGAAAUAGUACAGAAUGUCAUUAGUUUUUAUGAUCAUUCCAGAAUUGAGAGAAAAUGAAUAAAAUUUUUAAGAUCGAUCUGAUAAAUUUUUUUUCAACAAAAUGCCCACAGUCAAAAUAAUGGAUGGAGGUGAUAUGGAAGCUGAAAUUGAAGAAUAUAAUAUUUAUGAUGGAUAUGAAACUAUGGUGCACGAUGAUCAAUGUGUUGAAGAUGAAGAAGAAAGUGAUAACAUUUAAAAUAAAAAGUAAGAGGAAGAUCAUUACUUAGCUAUUUAAAAUGAAUCUGGAGAUAAUAUGAUAGGUUCAUCUUCUUACUCAUCUUCAUUAUAGCAACUGUAACCACAGUAAUUGCAAUAAGUUUAAAUUUAGAUUACAGCAUCUUCUAGCAAAGAAAAUAUAAUGAAUAUCAAUUAAGGUUAGCAAUAAGUGUAAUUUUAAUCUUAACCAAUUACUUCAUAGCAAAAAGUAAGCUUAUUUGCCAAAAAAACUUCGCAAAAUAUUGAAGUUCCUUUAAAUGAUGCAUCCCCUUAAGUCAAUUUAAGCCAAAUAAAUUAAGCAUCUUCAAGAAACCUUAGCUUUAGAAGAGAAAGAGGUGACUCUUUUUAUCCUCCAACUAAAAGAAAUUCUAAAUAGUUAAGCUAAUAGAGAUCUCUUUAAAGCAGAGUCAAAAGCUCUAGAAAAAAUUCAGAAAUAAUUUAAAAUUCAAGCAAGCCAAGCAAUUAAUAAGUAGGUUUCUACCAUGAAACUUAUCAGGAUAUUGUUGAGAGUAACUAAGCACAAACUGAACUAUUUAUUUAUGAUUUUGAUAGACUUAAACUAUUUGAAAAAUAUUUCCCUUAUUACAAUUACAACAAUGUCUUAUUAAGACUAAAUAAAAAGAAACCAGUUUUCAAGCCAAAAAAGAAAAUACAUAAAACAAUUGUAUUAACUUCUCCAAAAAAAAGGCAAUCAAAAAAAAUAUAAGAUAUGGAAAGGUUAGCUUAAUUUAAAAUUUGA